UCAUGCCAUGGCAGCGCCGGCGAGCGACAGCGGCGGCGGCGAUCGAAGCCCAAGCAGCAGCCCCGGGAGCUCGGCAGGAGCCGGGGUCGCCGCGGUGGGAGACCGGGACAGCGGGGACGCGGGAGCUCGGAGCGCCGCGGUGACGGUCCCCAGCCUCCCUCCGCUCGAGGACUACGAGUGCAAAAUCUGCUACAACUACUUCGACGCGGACCGGCGCGCGCCCAAGCUGCUGGCGUGCCUGCACACCUUCUGCCAGGAGUGCCUGAGCCAGCUGCAGCUCCGCGCUGCCGCCGCCGCCGCCGCCUCUGCCAGCGCCGCGCCUGAGCGCCCGCUGCGCCCGCCGCCCUGGCACGGCCCGCCUGGCGCCAUCGCGUGCCCCGUGUGCCGCCACCGCACGCCUCUGCCCGACAGCCGCGUGCACGGCCUGCCCAACAACACUAAGCUCGCCGAGGCCUUCCCGCUGGCGCUGCGCGCGGCGCACGACCCGCUGCCCCAAGACCGCCUCCCGCCGCUGCCGGCGCGCCGCGUCGCACCCGCCGCCGCCCCGACCCCGGCCCAGCCGCCGCCGCCCGCCGAGGACGCCGCCCCCGGACCCCGCGCCCGCGCGGGCCUGCGCGCCCCGGGCGCCUACGAGAGCUGCCAGAACUGCAAGCGCGCCGCGCUCACCGCCGGCUGCGUGUGCGUCGUCUUCUCCUUCCUCUCCAUGGUGGUGCUGCUCUUUACCGGCCUCAUCUUCGUCAACCACUACGGCGGCGGCGGCGGCGGCGGCGGCGGCGGCGGCGGCGGGGGGGUACCUCCCGGCGGCGGGGCGCCCCCUGGCGCUGCCCCGGCAACCGGGUCGCCCUCGCCUUCGCCCGUGGGGCCCAUCUGCCUGUCGGUGGCCAGCAUCCUGGCGCUCUUCUCGGUCGUCGUCACUUGGGUCAUCUGCUGGCUCAAGUACCGGCCCGAGGGCGCGGCCGCGGGCUCGGCUGGGGGCGGCGGAGGUGGCCCGAGGGCUCGGGCUGCGGCGGGAGGCGGCACGCGGAGGAGCGACACGUAGUCUGGCCGCAAGCCGGGGCUCCGCCGGCACCUCCAGCCCCGCGCCGCCAGAGAGGAGGGGGUCUCCGGCUCCGCGCGCUCGAGCUUUGC